GUCCUGGGCGAAGGGGGCGGUGGUUCCCCGCGGCGCUGCGCGCGGCAGUAAUUAGUGAUUGUCCUCCAGCUUCGCGAAGGCUAGGGGCGCGGCUGCCGGGUGGCUGCGCGGCGCUGCCCCCGGACAGAGGGGCAGCCAACCCAAUGAAACCACCGCGUGUUCACGCCUGGUAGAGAUUUCUCGAAGACACCAGUGGGCCCGUUCCGAGCCCUCUGGACCGCCCGUGUGGAACCAAACCUGCGCGCGUGGCCGGGCCGUGGGACAACGAGGCCGCCGAGACCACACACCAACUUGCAGGAAAGGAGAUCCUUCAACGGGUCCACGACCGCUCUCAGCAUCCUUCCUGGAGAAAGGCUCGGAGCUGUCCCCUGUGCUAGUCCCCUCCCACCCCGCUCCUCGCCUCUCUCCUGGGAAUGAUUUCUAAAUGUUUAUCUUUUACCUAGUAAAAGAAUUCCCGAAACUUCAAGCCCCAAAGAUUCCUCUUUCAGGAGCCUCGUUCUACGCCGUAUCUCCAUUUCCCACUGUUCCCUGUAUGAUAACCCGCACUUGUGCAACACAUGAGUUUAACGAGUACUUGUAAUAUACAUUCCUUCCUGUGUUUUCCUCAUUCGCCUUGCCAAAUAGGUUUUACCGGUAUUUUAGAUAAGGUAAUGAAUGCGAGAGCCCUGUCCAAAGAAGAACAGCUGACCGUGGUAGAGCUGGAUAGCCCCAUGCUCUUGCUUAGUUGGAAACUUGACAUCUGCGUCUUUUGCUAGAGAUGUGGGUUUGACCAUCAUCACCUCCACCGUUGGUGCUGGACAUCCUACUGGAUCUGAGUUAACUGAAUUCUGGCUCUGCUUAACUGAAUUCUGCUUUUCAAGCUCCAAGUCAAUUGCUCCCUCCUCUUUGGGGCAUAGGCCUUUGGUUCCAAACACUGCUGUGGGUGCUAACAGCCUGUGGUUAAAUGUUGACUGGUUUGUAGUAACACAAGGAUGCUACAGUGAGUUUUUCAUGAAGUUCAAUUUACUUUAAGAAUUCUAUGUAUGGACAUAACGUGUCUGAUUCAUUGUCAAGUCGGAAAAAAGAUUCAAUGUGUAUUUAAAGUAUACACUUAUUUGAGGCUGGGCAUGGUGGUCACGCCUGUAAUCCCAGCACUUUGGGAAUUGAAGGUGGAGGAUCUCUUGAGGCCAGGAGUUCAAGACCAACCCGGACAACAUAGUGAGACCUCGUCUCUAGAAAAAAAAAAAAAACUUUUUUUAAAAAAAUUAAGUAUACAUGUAUUUGAGUAUGCAUAGAAAAUAUCCUGAGGGAUACGCUGGCAAAAUUGAGCACCUUUGAGGAUUGUGAUUGGGGAAAGGGGUCUUAAAUGGACUUGUAUAUAAGGAGAAUGUAUUAGUUUAAAAUUUUUUAAAUAUGUGAAUUCUGAGAUUAUUAUUUCUAUUUUUUGGUGUUUGAAGGUUAUUUUAUGAAAUGAUGGUGAUGAUCAAGGUAGCUAGAUUUCAUUUCGUUCUUUUUUUUUUUUUUUUUGAGACAGGGUUUCACAGUGUUGCCCAGGCUGGUCACAAACACCUGGCCUCAGGUAAUCUGCCUGCCUCAGCCUCCCAAAGUGCUGGGAUUAUAGGCAUGAGGCACCACACCCAGCCUAGAUUUAAUUAUGAAUCAUUGGCCUCAAUGAUUCAAAUAAUCGUUCAAAUAAAUUCUCAACUUCAGUAAGAAGUUGAUGGCUGUGGCCACGUGGAUCUCCCCUGUCUCUGUAUUACUAUUGCUUUUACAGUGCUAAUGGCAGUCUCUUAGCACUCAGCUGUUCUCCAGUUGUUUCAUGUGUUUUAGGAAUGCAAGGGUAGAGCCUAGGAUUCUAGUUCUUUCCAUCUUCACAGUACCUAGCGUCACACUGGUCACACCACAUGAUGCUCUGGCAACUUUGAUUACACAUUAAUUUUCAGUAUGAGAUUUCUUAAUUUGUUUUAGAAGUGAGUCAAUAAUUUUUUUUCCUGUCUUUUCUAGGAAGGCGCAAUGGCGAGGAAGUUAUCUGUAAUCUUGAUCCUGACCUUUGCCCUCUCUGUCACAAAUCCCCUUCAUGAACUAAAAGCAGCUGCUUUCCCCCAGACCACUGAGAAAAUUAGUCCGAAUUGGGAAUCUGGCAUUAAUGUUGACUUAGCAAUUACCACACGGCAAUAUCAUCUACAACAGCUUUUCUACCGCUAUGGAGAAAAUAAUUCUUUGUCAGUUGAAGGGUUCAGAAAAUUACUUCAAAAUAUAGGCAUAGACAAGAUUAAAAGAAUCCAUAUACACCAUGACCAUGACCAUCACUCAGACCACGAGCAUCACUCAGACCAUGAGCAUCACUCAGACCAUGAGCAUCACUCUGACCAUGAGCAUCACUCUCACCGUAAUCAUGCUGCUUCUGGUAAAAAUAAGCGAAAAGCUCUUUGCCAAGACCAUGACUCAGAUAGUUCAGGUAAAGAUCCUAGAAACAGCCAGGGGAAAGGAGCUCACCGACCAGAACAUCCCAAUGGUAGAAGGAAUGUCAAGGACAGUGUUAGUGCUAGUGAAGUGACCUCAACUGUGUACAACACUGUCUCUGAAGGAACUCACUUUCUAGAGACAAUAGAGACUCCAAGACCUGGAAAACUCUUCCCCAAAGAUGUAAGCAGCUCCACUCCACCCAGUGUCACAGAAAAGAGCCGGGUGAGCCGGCUGGCUGGUAGGAAAACAAAUGAAUCUGUGAGUGAGCCCCGAAAAGGCUUUAUGUAUUCCAGAAACAUGAAUGAAAAUCCUCAGGAGUGUUUCAAUGCCUCAAAGCUACUGACAUCUCAUGGCAUGGGCAUCCAGGUUCCGCUGAAUGCAACAGAGUUCAACUAUCUCUGUCCAGCCAUCAUCAACCAAAUUGAUGCUAGAUCUUGUCUGAUUCAUACAAGUGAAAAGAAGGCUGAAAUCCCUCCAAAGACCUAUUCAUUACAAAUAGCCUGGGUUGGUGGUUUUAUAGCCAUUUCUAUCAUCAGUUUCCUGUCUCUGCUGGGGGUUAUCUUAGUGCCUCUCAUGAAUCGGGUGUUUUUCAAAUUUCUCCUGAGUUUCCUUGUGGCACUGGCCGUUGGGACUUUGAGUGGUGAUGCUUUUUUACACCUUCUUCCACAUUCUCAUGCGAGUCACCACCAUAGUCAUAGCCAUGAAGAACCAGCAAUGGAAAUGAAAAGAGGACCACUUUUCAGUCAUCUGUCUUCUCAAAAUAUAGAAGAAAGUGCCUAUUUUGAUUCCACAUGGAAGGGUCUAACAGCUCUAGGAGGCCUGUAUUUCAUGUUUCUUGUUGAACAUGUGCUCACAUUGAUCAAACAAUUUAAAGAUAAGAAGAAAAAGAAUCAGAAGAAACCUGAAAAUGAUGAUGAUGUGGAGAUUAAGAAGCAGUUGUCCAAGUAUGAAUCUCAACUUUCAACAAAUGAGGAGAAAGUAGAUACAGAUGAUCGAACUGAAGGCUAUUUACAAGCAGACUCACAAGAGCCCUCCCACUUUGAUUCUCAGCAGCCUGCAAUCUUGGAAGAAGAAGAGGUCAUGAUAGCUCAUGCUCAUCCACAGGAAGUCUACAAUGAAUAUGUACCCAGAGGGUGCAAGAAUAAAUGCCAUUCACAUUUCCACGAUACACUCGGCCAGUCAGACGAUCUCAUUCACCACCAUCAUGACUACCAUCAUAUUCUCCAUCAUCACCACCACCAAAACCACCAUCCUCACAGUCACAGCCAGCGCUACUCUCGGGAGGAGCUGAAAGAUGCCGGCAUCGCCACUCUGGCCUGGAUGGUGAUAAUGGGUGAUGGCCUGCACAAUUUCAGCGAUGGCCUAGCAAUUGGUGCUGCUUUUACUGAAGGCUUAUCAAGUGGUUUGAGUACUUCUGUUGCUGUGUUCUGUCAUGAGUUGCCUCAUGAAUUAGGUGACUUUGCUGUUUUACUAAAGGCUGGCAUGACCGUUAAGCAGGCUGUCCUUUAUAAUGCUUUGUCAGCCAUGCUGGCGUAUCUUGGAAUGGCAACAGGAAUUUUCAUUGGUCAUUAUGCUGAAAAUGUUUCUAUGUGGAUAUUUGCACUUACUGCUGGCUUAUUCAUGUAUGUUGCUCUGGUUGAUAUGGUACCUGAAAUGCUGCACAAUGAUGCUAGUGACCAUGGAUGUAGCCGCUGGGGGUAUUUCUUUUUACAGAAUGCUGGAAUGCUUUUGGGUUUUGGAAUUAUGUUACUUAUUUCCAUAUUUGAACAUAAAAUCGUGUUUCGUAUAAAUUUCUAGUUAAGGUUUAAAUGCUAGAGUAGCUUAAAAAGUUGUCAUAGUUUCAAUAGGUCAUAGGGAGAUGAGUUUGUAUGCUGUACUAUGCAGCAUUUAAAGUUAGUAGGUUUUGUGAUUUUUGUAUUGAAUAUUGCUGUCUGUUACAAAGUCAAAGGUACGUUUUAAUAUUUAAGUUAUUCUAUCUUGGAGAUAAAAUCUAUAUGUGCAAUUCACCGGUAUUACCAGUUUAUUAUGUAAACAAGAGAUUUGGCAUGACAUGUUCUGUAUAUUUCAGGAAAAAAUGUCUUUAAUGCUUUUUCAAGAACUAACACAGUAAUCCCUAUACUGGAUUUUAGGUCUCUGAAGAACUGCUGGUGUCUAGGAAUAAGAAUGUGCAUGAAGCCUAAAAUACCAAGAAAGCUUAUACUGAAUUUAAGCAAAGAAAUAAAGGAGAAAAGAGAAGAAUCUGAGAAUUGGAGAGGCAUAGAUUCUUAUAAAAAUCACAAAAUUUGUUGUAAAUUAGAGGGGAGAAAUUUAGAAUUAAGUAUGAAAAGGCAGAAUUAGUAUAGAGUACAUUCAUUAAACAUUUUUGUCAGGAUUAUUUCCUGUAAAAACAUAGUGAGCACUUUUCAUAUACUAAUUUAGUUGUACAUUUAACUUUGUUUGUAUAAUACAGAAAUCUAAGUAUAUUUAAUGAAUUCAAGCAAUAUAUCACCUGACCAAGAAAUUGGAAUUUCAAAAUAUUCAUGCGAUUAUAUACCAGAUGAGUACAGUGAGUAGUUUUACGUAUCACCAGACUGGGUUAUUGCCAAGUUAUAUGUCACCAAAAGCUGUAUGAUUGAGUGUUUUGGUUACCUGGUUUACAAAAGUAUCAGAGUAGUAAAACUUUGAUAUAUAUGAGGAUAUUAAAACCACACUAAGUAUCACAUGACUUCAAUUCAGAAAGUACUUUGAUAUCUCUCAGUGCUUCAGUGCUAUCAUUGUGAGCAAUUGUCUUUUAUAUACAGUACUGUAGCCAUACUAGGCCUGUCUGUGGCAUUCUCUAGAUGUUUCUUUUUUACACAAUAAAUUCCUUAUAUCAGCUUGA